UGAGGCGCGGCGCGCAUGCGCAGUGGGGAGGGGAGGCCGGGGCCGAGCGGCGGCUUCGUCCCCCCCGUCCCGCUGCCGGCCCUAACGGUCGUAACGGCCCUAACGGCUCCUCCCUGAGGGGCGAUGCAGGGCGGCGGCUGAGCCUCCCCCGACGACCCCCUGAUCCCCCCCGGUCCCCUCUCGGCGCCCUGAGGAGCCUCGGCCCGCCCCGCCGCCGUGCUCCCCCCCCGGGGCCUGCUGCGGGCGCGGCGGGCGAUGGAAGAGAAGGAGCGGUGUGCCCAGCUGCCGCCCGCCCGGGGCUGAGGGCUCCGCCCGUGAGGGGUCGCACACAAACGGCGCUGCUGGGCCUCGGGGGGGGGCGGGAGGGGACGCGCCGGGGCUCAGCGGGGUAUGGGAGGUGUGGGGGGGGUGCUGUGGGGUGUGAAGGCGGGGUAACGCGGAGCUGAAGGGGCCGGCCGCUGGGGUAACGGGGCAGCGGGCUGCUGGCUUCGCUCUUGGUGGACAGACUCGAGGCGCCUUCGUCGCUCGCCGCCCGCCCCGCGAGAAGAUGAGUUGCGUGCCAUGGAAAGGUGACAAGGCCAAGUCGGAAUCAGCGGAGCCGCCCCAGCCGCCGCCACCGCCGCAUAUUUACCACGAGAAGCAGCGCAGGGAGCUGUGUGCCCUCCAUGCCCUCAACAAUGUCUUCCAGGACAGCAACGCCUUCACUAGGGAAACCCUGCAGGAGAUUUUUCAGAGGCUGUCUCCCAACACCAUGGUGACGCCCCACAAGAAGAGCAUGCUGGGGAAUGGGAACUAUGAUGUGAACGUAAUCAUGGCAGCGCUUCAGACCAAAGGCUAUGAGGCAGUUUGGUGGGACAAGCGCAGGGAUGUUAAUGUCAUUGCCCUGUCCAACGUGAUGGGCUUCAUCAUGAACCUGCCCUCCAGCCUUUGCUGGGGUCCCUUGAAGCUCCCCCUCAAGCGACAGCACUGGAUCUGUGUCCGGGAGGUGGGAGGCACCUACUACAACCUCGACUCCAAACUCAAGGUGCCGGAGUGGAUUGGAGGUGAAAGCGAGCUCAGGAAAUUUUUGAAACACCAGCUGAGAGGAAAGAACUGUGAACUCCUGCUGGUGGUGCCAGAGGAGGUGGAAGCACAUCAGAGCUGGCGAGCUGACGUGUGACCCGGACCCACUCUGUCCUUCCACUACAGCUCUGCCCCUUUUCGGAACUCCUGACAUCCUGAAACCUGGAUAAUGGGUGCCCCGACUCUUCUCUUCUGGACCUUCCUUUCCUAGGCUCUUUCCUUUCUUCCUUGGUGCAAUAGGGCAGUGGCUUAGGACACUGGGGGCGGUGGGUGGGGAAGAAUCGAGGGCAGAGUGGAGGAAACUGGAAGCUAAUCACUUUUAAUUACAAAGGUGAGCGAGCUGUGUGCCCUUCAGCUAACCAGAAGGCGUCGCGCUCUUUAAAAACUGGGCUUUGGGACCAGGGCGCAUGGAAGCCUCUGGCCUCCCUUUCCCCAAAUCAUCCAAGGCUGCGCGUGGUCAGUAACUCCCCGCAGAGCUUACUGGGAAGGAGCAGGGGCCAAGCACGCUGCCGCUCCUCCGCAUGUCUCCAAAACAAGUAGUCGUGAAGGCGUCUGCAAUUCCUAAGAACACUAGGACUGGUACGGUGCUCAGCACGACCCUGCGCUUCGUAGGGGUGGCUUGUGCCAAGAAUUAGAGAGGAAAAAAAAGAAGUGUCAUCUUCCAAGAAUUUCUUUGGGUAGCUAGAGGGUUCCUCCCCAGGAUCUCUGAGGAUUUCUGUCUGUGCCUGAGCGGUCGUUUGGCGAUGUGGCAACAGCAAGCGCAGGCUCGUGGAGGAGUGUCAGGUUUCUGAACUUGGUGGAGGCGGCAGUCUGCCUGGGCUUUGGUACUGUCCUGGGGUUUGUUUUCUUCAACAUCUGAGGCUGCUUUGGUUUUCUGCGUGGUCACCUGGUGGUUUAGGGGCUGCUCGGUGAGGGGAAUAACCCCGAAGGGGUUUUUAGAGGAAUCAAUUCCCUCUUUACUUUCCUCUUUCCACAAGUCUAGCCCGCGGUCACAAAUGUCAUGCAGAAUGUCGCAGGAGUUUUUCUACCAGGGAGUUUAAAGUUAUGAAGGCAAAAAAUCAUCCUAGGGAGGGAAGGCUUCAGUAAUAGUUAGGUUUUACCUUUCUGUAGUCACUUGCAGCUGAUGUGGGAGAUGCAGAGGCUCCACCAGAACCUUCAGCCCGGGGCCUGGUGGUUGAACCAACUUCUCUUUGAGCGCUGGCUGCCAAACAUUCCACUAAGGGGCAGAUGGCUUCUUCCUCCCUUCCCUUCCACGGGGGAAAACGUGACUGGCCACGGAGCCUCUGGGAGGGAUCUGGGUGGGUUGGUUUGUCCGCUGGGCACGCUGUCGUUCCUUCCACGGCACUGAAUUCGGAGCAGAGCUCGCUGCAUUUAGCAGCUCCUGGCCAGGCUGCUGUUUGCUUCCCUUCUUUCCACGUGAGCUGGGGCUUAAACAGUAACUGAAGGGAAGGGAAGGGAGGGGAAGGGGCUCCAGCGGCUCUGCUCGGGGGGUAGCAAAGCCUCGGAGGGCUGCGGGCUUUUCACCCCCUCUCAGUUCUUUGUCCCUGAGAGCUCUGCGAAGCGCGAGCUGCUGUUUGGAGCCGGACGGGAGCGCUGCACCGCGCCUCGCCGUUCCCAAGGGCAGAGGCUGUGUGAUGACAGGACCCCAGUGGCGUUUGCUGCCCCGCAGCGUGCUGAGCACAGCCUCCUGAAGCCGGGCGCAGCCAGCUCCUGUGUUUUAAGAACCCAAGGUUUCUAUAAAAAGUCCCGUUUCGUAACACAUUCCAGUGACCGAUACCAGCCGGCAGAGUUUUUAAACACUUCACAAGCAGAAUGCGAAGCCUGCAGCCAUUCUGCUCCUGACUUGAAGCCAUUUCUUCAAGAGAGGAAAGGGGGGGAAAAAAAAAAAAUCUCAACAGCAACGUUUUCUAUGCUGAUUGAAAAUCGCACUUUGGAGAAACCCUGUUUGCAUGGAAACUGCAAGCCAACGGAUCAGUGCACAAUAUGCAAAGAUGUUUUAAAGGACUUUGGGGCUGCUUUUCCUCUCCUCGCCCGUCAGCACCUCUCCUUUGGGGCAAAAUAGCGUGAUCCAGCUGCUCAGGUAACGGGAACUGACCGGUCACGGCCCUGGGGGCAGCGAGGCUGCUGCGACGGGGUGGGCACACCGGCCCCGUCCCGCGGGGAGGGGGGGAGCCCGUGUUUGUUUUCUUGCUUGUUUGGUUUUGUUAGAGCCUCGUCUUGGGUUUGUUUACAGAGAUGUAUUUUGUUUAACCAAAUAUGAAAAAAAAAAUGGGAAAAAAAAAAACAAUUUCCAUAUAAAUGUCCUAUCACUUCUGUAUGUUCAACUGAGUUGUUCUGUAACAAGUUAUGUAAAGGAAAAAUAAAUUUUUUUUCUUUGGUUAUAAAA